GUUUACCUAUAGACUGGACACAACUCGUCUGGCAGAGCAGAAUGUUCACAGAACAAAUACAGGCACAAACAAACUCUAAAUAAUUUCUCACAUUUUUUCAUUUCUUUUUUUUUGGCAAAUAACAAACACAUUUUUAUUAGCAGCAAGUGGGAAAACAGAGCAAGGUCAUGUCACCGUCUAACAUUAAAAAGGACCAAACACAACAACCGCAGCGACAUAUCGUUCUGCAUUCGCCACGCGAUUGGACCGCAUACGAAACGUGCUUGAAUCGUACACUCGACGAACUCAAUUCAACAUUCGACAAGAUGCCACAGCCAUCGAAGCCUCAAUACUCUUUCCUCUGCCCGGGACCAAAGCAACUGAUAACAUCGGCAGCUUCAUCGUCGCGAUCGCCAUCGCUGAGUUCGGCCUUCUACAAGGAUCAACAACGAAAUACACCUAAGAUGGAUGUGGCCAGUCGUAUGCAUGCGAUGAAGGUGUGCAACGUCCUGCUCGCUCGACUCUGGCGACGUCGUUGCUCCGAAGUCUCGGAUCUUCAUGAGCUGGUUCGCAAAUAUCAACUCAAGGCCAACAGCAUGCGAGAUGAUCUGUUUAUGCGCAACAAUAUGAUCAAUCGUGAGCAGGUACGCUCGAAUCGCUUGGAAAAGGAGUUGCGUCGCUUUAAACAGGGAGCAAUCAAAACGCACAACUACGAGAUCGUUGACAAUGCCUUGAACGAGCUAAAUUUACUUGUGGCGCAACUGCGCUACGAGUUGGAUGCAAAAACACAAGAGUGCAAAAACUGUUCGGAACUGUUGCUUGAGAGUAAAACUGAACGCUUUCGAGAGAUGAGGAAAUUUCGUGAAUGCUCGCAAGAAUUGGCAAAGCAGCAGGUACAAAAUCGUAUACUCGAGAUGCGUAAUGCCGAACUGGAGGAUAUGCUAUUGAAUCUGAAGGAUAGUUUUCAGCUGCAAAAUGAUGAGACGGCGGCGUCUGUGUUUGCGUCACAGGAGAAAAUAGAUAAUGCUUACGAGACCCUCAAGGGACUCGAACAGGAAGCCUUCGCAUUAGAAAUCAAAAACAACGAACUGAUGAGAGAUACCCAAGCAAAUAUGAUAAUGCAAGAGAUCGAAGGUGUGCAACAAAAUAUUGGAAUAGUUCGCUACUUGCUAUGGUUGAGCUAUAGAUAUUUGACAUACGAAAUAGUUGCAAAUUUACUCGGCUUUAUGCUUCACAAUCCAACGUCACGCCGAGGAAAACCCGUGACAUCGUUGGGUCUCUGCCUAAUAAUCGUGAUCCUUAUAGGUGCCUUUUAUUAGCAAGCAAAAGAAAAAUUAAGAAAAAAUCUCAAAAAAAACUAGUUAGAUGAUGAAGGACCUUUCAAAUUGAUAAUAAUAACCAAAAUGGACAACGGUGAUUGAUGAUGCUCGUUCAGAUUGUUUAUGGAAUAUUUUACAAUUUCUAACUUUUCCAUUUGAAUUAACCACUUUUUUUUUUGUAUUUUUAAGUUUACAUCAACAAAAUCAUCCGAACGGAAAACCUUCAAAAUUGCGAUAUGAUUGAGUAAACCAAAAUUAUCGUUUUGUUAAAAAA